AUGGCAGACGGCGGCACAUCCGAGCUUUUCGCCAUUCCCGACUUUUGGAAGUCGUCUACUUGGCAACAGGAGCUCGGUCUGGCCGAUGCUUCCGACGAGACGCCAGAUGGUUUUUUUCAUCUCAAGAUCGGUGAAAGCGAUGCGAUCACGCUGUUUCUCGGACAGGACGAGCCGCCCGAUGACGACCGAGAGAGCACGUUCUUUCAGAUCCCGGCCCUGCUCCGAGAGCUGCAGCCACCAGUUGAGGCAAACGAAGACGACUCGACACAGCAGCCAUUGGCUGUCGUAAAGUUGGCCCUGGAACCCCCUUCUGCCGGCAAUGACGACGACGAUAGUGACCUGUGGCUCUAUCCCGACGAAUACCUCCUCCCGUCCGUCCCCGGAUACAAGUCUUGGACGUCGUUUGCACACGCAGACAGCCGGAAUCUGGUCUCGAUCCCUGUUUUGGCGUCAGAGCAAGGGCCUGCGUUUCUGGAUGCUCUCGUGCUCUCGGACGACAAUCUCCUCGGGCUCAAAGUGACAGGUGGUGGCGACAGCCUCGUCGUGGAUCCGCGUGGAUACUGCAGCUGUCUGCUGGCAUUGGCUCUGGGCCGUGCAUCUGUCCUGUUUUCGUGGGACGACGACCGGCGAUGCUUCGUCGCUCUGCAUUCGUCACCCCGGAUAUCUGGCUUCACCGGACCCAUUCUCCGCAGUGUGGAGCGGACGUGUCUGGAGUGUGGCACCUACAGCCGAUCGCUGCGGGCCUUUGUCGACGUCUCGUUCACGUCGGCCACAUCGGCCACGCCGUCUCGUGCCGCGCUAGCUCGCGCAGUCGACCGCCUGCUCCUGACCAUCCAGAGUGAGCUCGGCGUGCGUGGCCAGCGGUCCCGAUCCGUCCUGCAACUGCAGGCCCUCAUCCGACCCGUCGCCGCUGUUGUCAGGUACAUGCGCGGACUCGUCGUCCAGCUCUCGCGCUGCUCGGCCGACGACGGGAUCCUGCUGGCCACGCUUUUCCAGGAGGCCCAGUCCAUGGAGCACAGCGCUCCACUCCUGCGCGAGGUCGCCAAGCAGGUCCUCCAGAUCGUGUCCGAGCCCUGGCUCGGCUUUGUCGGUCGCUGGAUCGGCCUGGACCCCCGGAGCAAGAACACCAUGUGGGCCGGCCAGUUCGAGAGCAAGGCCUUUGUUCGCCACGGCGACCGCGUCUGGAUCGACGACACCGGCGCCGAGCAGGCCGAGCCAGACUACUUCUUGGACGCCGACAAGAUGCCGGCCUUUAUCCCCGACGAGAUGGCCCAGGCCCUGUUUGAGACCGGCCGCAACCUGCGCUUCCUGUGGACCAAUCACCCGGAACACGCCCUCUCGGACCCGGCCACCUUCGCCCGCGCUGGGCCCCCACCGCUACGCUGGCAGUUCGACUGGGAGCCCGUCCUGGAGGCCGAACGUGUGGCCGAUGCGUACGAACUGGCCGUAGCCGUGGCCAUUGCCACACACCAGCGGCGACGACCAACGUUUCAGCUGUCUCAGGCGCGGCAGCCGCCGACGAGCUUCGAGAUCGGCUGGAGCCUGCCGUCUCUGGAGCUGCAGUUCUUUGGGAAGGACAAUGACCAGAUCGCCAGUGGCAUUGAGGCGUCCAUGGCCACGCUGGACGGUCCUGUUGCACAUGCUGCCGACGACGGUCUGACCACGAUUCUCCGACAGCGGCUCUUUGACGACUACGACAACGACAACAGCAAUGCGGAGACGCUGGUGCUGGACGAGUUUUGCCCGCACUGGUCGCUGCUGCCGCUGCUCUCGUUUGGGCCUGUCAUGGCGGCCCAGGCGCGACUCGUCAGCCGCGCGUGCAUGCAGCUGCUCUUUGGCGCACACGACGUCCGGAAGCACCUCCGGCUGCAGCGUGAGUUCCAGCUGCUCGGCAAUGGCGUCUUCUGCAGCCGGCUGUCGCACGCACUCUUCGACCCCGACCUGGCCGGGGCGGAGGCGAGGACGGGCGUACAGCUGUCGAGCGGCGGUCUGGGCCUGCGGUUGUCAAACCGCGACAGUUGGCCGCCUGCCAGCUCGGAGCUCCGGCUGGCCCUCCUGGGCGUGCUCGUGGAGAGCUACCAGGACGGCAGGAACAGAAAGGGCGGAAAGGACAAGAUGCCGGGAGAUCUGAGCUUUGCGGUGCGUGAUUUGUCAGCGGAGGAGAUGGACCGCUGCAUGGACGCAGACUCGCUGGAAGCGCUGGACUUUCUGCGGCUGUCCUACAAGCCACCAUUGGCGCUGCUGUCGGUGAUGACACCAGCGAUCCUGGUCAAGUACGACCGUGUCUUCAGGCUGCUGCUGCGGGUGUUGCGCAUGUACUACGUGGUCAACCAGCUCAGCCGGGAGACGUCUGUGCGCAGGGCUACGGCCGCAGCAACGGCAACGGCUACAGUAGGCGGCAGCUUGCAGUCGCCCGACGAUAGCGUGGCGACGCGCUUCCGCUUCGAGGCACGCCACUUUGUGUCCAGCGUGAUGGCGUACUUUCUGGACACCGGAGUGGGGACGCCGUGGCAGGCGUUUGAUCACUGGCUCGACGACGUGCAGGCCGGCUUGGACGGCUUGGACGAAGGCGAAGGCGAAGGCGAGUCGAAUGCGACAAAGCACGUGAUCAGCCCCGAGCGGCUGCGAGAGCGCCACGAGCAGACGGUCGACGAGGUGAUGGCGGCGCUAUUUCUGCGCAAGAGACAGCAGCCGCUGCUCGAGCUGCUCGAGACCAUCUUCGGACUGAUCCUGGACUUUGCCAAGCUGUCGCGCAGCCGGGCGUCCGACCAGACAGGCCUGCAGCAGCAGACGGUCAGGCUCCACGCCGACUUCCGCAAGAAGCUGGCCGUCUUCCUCACCGUCUGUCGCGGCCUUGGCGAGAAGCAGGCAGACAGUGCGGCCCGACGGACCCAGCAGCUGCCCCAGCAGUCAGGCCCCUCUCUCGCCGGCCUGCUGCUGAUGCUGGACUACAACGGCGCCUUUUCAGGCUCGCCUGGGCGGUGA